GUAUGUGUUGCGUGACAUAUUUGGGAUGCUCGGACAGUAGUAGAGUCAAAAGGUCACCAAGGUCACCCAAUCAAGUCACCACGAAACUACUCAGUACUUCAUUGGUGAUCCCAUGAAAGUCACUAUCCCUAACCCUAACCCUAACCUACAUGGAGUACUCACUGUGGGGUCAAAGUCACCCAGCGAGUGAGCGAGUGUUGGUGUACGGGAGGGGUGAUUAAAGGUGGGUUCUUUAAUUCCGAAUGACCAUCGAGGAGAACAUACAAGCACACGGAUACUCCAGUUUCUCAAGGCUCCGAGAGAUUUCGAGCUCUGAAUAUAUAUAGCACAGGAGGCUAACACUACGUGCCCUGUUGUCAGUUUCGUGUAUCAAGGAUAAAAAAAAUAAGCACGAGAAAUGUAUUGAAUUAGCGGUGCGUAGUUUGUUUCUAAGGUCGAAUCAAAGAAGGUUAUCAGGCCGAAUGUAGAUUUAAAUAAGAUAGUGUUGUGUGACGUCUAUCGAUUGUUUUUCGAAUUACUCGAGUUCGCGAUGGCGGGGGUUGACCAAAAUACUGUCCUCAAGUUAAAACAGGUUGCAUGCGAAGCAAUAGAUAAAAAUGCAAGCGAACUACAUGAAUUAAACAAACACAUCUGGAAGCAUCCCGAGGUGGCCUACAAAGAACGAAAUGCUCAUGAAAUCCUAACAAGCUACCUCGCUAUAAAAGGAUUCGAUGUUACGAGGCAAUGGACGAUGGAUACGGCGUUUGGGGCACGUUACGGGAUCCCCAAAGGUCCGUGUGUCGGGAUUUUCUGCGAAUAUGACGCCCUUCCUCUUGUAGGGCAUGCAUGCGGGCAUAAUCUGAUCGCCGAGGCAGGGGUAGCUGCUUCUAUAGGGAUCAAAGCGGCUAUGGACUCUGUCGAGGAACCUUUAGGUAAUCUCCUCGUGGCUGGUACUCCCGCAGAGGAGUCUGGAGGGGGGAAGAUACAGAUGCUGGACAGUGGAUGCUUCUCCGAGGUCGACUUUGCCAUGAUGGUUCAUCCAUGCCCGUUUGAUGUUCUCCAACACUCGUUUCUUUCUUGUGCUACACUUGAGGUCAUCUAUAAAGGCCAUGCUGCACACGCAGCAGCUUUCCCUUCGGAGGGAGUCAAUGCACUGGACGCCGCCAUUAUGGCAUAUAACAAUAUCAGUACCCUGAGACAGCAAAUGAAACCAGCUUGGCGUGUGCACGGCAUAAUCGUCGAGGGUGGGGUCAAACCAAAUAUAAUACCGGACAGAACAAAGCUUGAGUACUCUGUACGAACCGAAGAUGACAAAGACAUGGAGACUUUGAAGCACAAAGUGAUGGCGUGCUUUGAGGGAGCCGCACAAGCCACAGGAUGCAGUCUUGAGACUUCAUGGAAGGAGGAAUACAAAACAGUCAAACACAACCCUAAACUUGUCCAACUUUACCAAGGCAAUGCAGAAAGUCUUGGUGUGAAAUUUCUUACCAAGGAGGAGGCAGCCACGUUGGGAAGUGGCUCUACUGACAUGGGUAACGUGUCCCAAGUGCUACCCGCCAUUCACCCCAUGUACGGUAUCGAGACAAAGGAGGUGAACCACUCACACGGGUUCACGGCCGCCGCCGGUACCGAUGUGGCUCACCAGAAGACUCUGAUCGCUGCUAAGGCGAUGGCAAUGACGACCAUUGAUGUGAUAUGUUGUCCUGAUACUUUUGCUGAGAUGAAGAGGCAAUUUGCAAGGAAGUCGUGAAACAAAGCGUUUUAGACAUUGUGUGUGUUGUGUUACGUUCAAACGUCGUAAUACAAGAAUACAUAUUACGUAUUCUCGUAUUACGUAGUAUCUCUGGAAGCUUUUGCUCUUAGCAAGUAGCUACACUUCUUUGACUAGGUUAUCAGGCAACCCUACAAAAAAAAGCGUUCGUACUAUCUUUAAAGGACCUUGAUGAAGAGCUAUUCCUCAUCUGCUAUUGGUGUGAAAAAUCUAGGGGAAAAAAAGGAUUUGUAUUUUAGGUAAAGAAAACAUCAAAUCUAACGUACAUUAGAUUACAAAAUCAGUACUUCUCUUGAAAUAUUCUUCAAUAUGGCUCUGAGUGAGAGGCAGCCAAUCUUCACCAAAAAUCUCAGUUUCACAAAAUUCACAACACGGUUAUAAAAUAGCCGGUAUACGGCAUGUACAUUUAUUGAACACUAUACAACCAUCUUAAAAUACAACGGUGUAAAUUUUGGAUGGUGUGUGGUUAUAUAACAGGGGACUUGUUUUACGAAUGUCUUUAAUAAACUUAUUUUAUCUCCCCGCCACUUUCAAUGUAUAACUGCAAAAAAUAAAGCAUUCUUCUGA